AUGGAGCCCCCGCCGCCCACUCCUUCUCCGUCGCUCUCGCUUUCCCCCUUCACACUCCCCUUAGCCCGUCGCCCUCGCUUUCCCCUCGUCGUCAUUGCUUCCCCCGUCGGUCUCGCUUUCCCCCGCCGCACACUCCUUCCCCCGUCUCUCUCGCUUUCCCCCCCUGCCCACUCCUUCUCCCGUCGUUCUCGUUUGCCCCCGUCACCCACUCCUUCCCCCGUCGCACUCGCUUUCCCACGUCGCCUCUGGCUUUCCCCCGUCGUCCUUGCUUCCCCCAUCGCCCUCGCUUUCCCCCGUCGUCAUUGCUUUCCCCCGUUGCUCUCACUUUCCCCCGCCGCCCACUCCUUUCCCCGUCUCUAUCGCUUUCCCCCGCCACCCACUCCUUCUCCCGUCGUUCUCGUUUGCCCCCGUCACCCACUCCGUCCCCCGUCGCUUUCGCUUUCCCCCGCCGCCCACUCCUUCCCCCGUCGCUCUCGCUUUCCCCUGCCGCCCACUCCUUCCCCCGUCGCCUCUGGCUUUCCCCCGUCGUCCAUGCUUCCCCCAUCGCCCUCGCUUUCCCCUCGUCGUCAUUGCUUCCCCCGUCGGUCUCGCUUUCCCCCGCCACACACUCCUUCCCCCGUCUCUCUCGCUUUCCCCCCCUGCCCACUCCUUCUCCCGUCGUUCUCGUUUGCCCCCGUCACCCACUCCUUCCCCCGUCGCACUCGCUUUCCCCCGUUGCCUCUGGCUUUCCCCCGUCGUCCUUGCUUCCCCCAUCGCCCUCGCUUUCCCCCGUCGUCAUUGCUUUCCCCCGUUGCUCUCGCUUUCCCCCGCCGCCCACUCCUUCCCCCGUCUCUCUCGCUUUCCCCCGCCGCCCACUCCUUCUCCCGUCUCGCACACGCGUUCCCCGGCGCCCACACUUGUCACCGUCCCCCGUCGCUCUUGCUUUCCUCUGUCAUCCUCCCUCCCUUUCCUCUGUCGUCAUUACUUCCCCCAUCGCCCUCGUUUUCCCCCGCCGCCCACUCCUUCUCCCGUCGCUCUCGCUUUCCCCCGCAGCCACUCCAUCUCCCGUCGCUCUCUCUUGCCUCCGACACCCACUCCUUCCCCCGUCGCCGUCGCUUUCCCCCGUCUCCCUCCCUUUCCCCCGUCGUCCUUACCCUCCCCGUCGCUCUCGCACACUCCUCGUCGCUCUCGCUUUCCCCCGUCGCCUUUGUUACACACCGUCGCCAUUGCUUUCCCCCGUCGCCAGCUCCUUCCCCUCUCGCCCUCCCCUUCCGCCCCCGCCUUUUCUUGACCCCCGCCUUUGGCUCCCCCGUCGCUUUUGGUACACCCGUCGGUUUUGGUACACCCCCCGCCAUUGCUCCCCCGCCCUCGUCACCUACUCCUGCCCCGUCGCCCUCGUUUCUCCCCGUCACCCACCCCUUCCCCCUUUGCCCACGUUUCCAUCCGUCUCCCACCCUUUUCCCUGUCAUCCUCUCAUACACCCGUCGCCCCCGGUUUCCCCCGUCUCCCACCCUUCCCCCGUCACCAUCUCUUACACCCGCCGCCCUCGUAAGCUUGUGCCGCCCUCGUAAGCCCCCUGCCUUCCCUCUGCCUGAUACCCUUGGCUGUGUGCACUCAACUGCCUCCUUCUCCCCCCGCUCCUUCGUUCAGGGAUCCUUCCACCCUCAGCAGUCUCUCAUUACUCCUCCCUCCUCACCACCCCUCCGCCCACCCCUCACCACCACCCUCCCAUCUCUUCUUAUAGCAGAUGGCUUACAAUUGCGGAGUGUGCGGAGCUGCCGGGUUCUCUGGUAG